GCUACAACAGAAAGUUUCUGUCGCUGCGUCGCGACGGUUUCAGUUUACAUACGAAUGGAAGCCAGUAGAAACAUGCGGUGCGUCACCAAGUGACGUCCACACUUGGUCAAAACAGUUACGCGCAACUCUGUGUGUGUGUGUGCGUGCGUGUUUGUUUGUUUCUGUGUGUGUGUGUGUGUGUGUGUGUGUGUGUGUGGAGUAGCAUUGAAAAACGCGUUGGCCAGACAGUUGCCGAAAAAGAAAGGAGCAAGAGAAAAGCAGACAAAGGUCAAGGCUCACCUCAAGCAAUGCAAGUGCAAUACGCAUAACAACAACCUGCAGGGAAACCCAAGAGCCAGACAAACUGAAAAGUUAAAAGUGGGUGCAACAUGACGCCCGCUGCCAGUGAAUUAAACCAUACGCAACUAGAAGAAACUACAAUAGCGUAAAAUUUGAGGUGUGUCACAAGGAGCGAAAGCUAAAACAUAACAAAAACUGUGGCAUACCUUGCGGUCUUGCAGCAGCAGCAGCAGCAGCAGCACCAGCAGGAACAGCAGCAGGAGCAGCAUCAGCUGCCCUGGAGCAUGGGUUCAUGCCUCAGCAGCUGCGUUGCCGCCACCGCCACCGCCACGAGCUCAGCCACAAACUCGACAGCCUCGUCGUCUUCCUCCUCGGUUAGCUCCACAAGCUGCGUUACGGCCGUUGCCAACAGCUGGCUUCUUUGGCGUCGUCCCCGGGCGAGAGCCAGAGCUGAAGCUACAGAUGAGCCGGAAGCGGAGCUGCUGUCGACCGCCAGUGAGCGCUGCCAGCGACGUGGCCUUGUCUAUCGCAUACUAAAGUACAAGCGGAAGCAGCAAUGCCCACAAUUUCUGGACAAAUACUGGGAGCAACAGCCCAGCUAUGCGAAGCUGCAGAACGACAGUGCCCUGACGGAUAUACAGCUGCAAAAUCUGGACGUGCACAAGCUGCUCAAUGCCACAACGACGUCCAGCAAGGAGACGGAACUGCAAAGCUAUGCACGCAUGUCCAGUUCGCGAGCCAGCUCCUCGCUAGACCUGGAAUGGGAGCACGAGUAUUCACAGCUGCGGCAGUAUCAGCAGCAACAGCAAAAGGAACAGCAGCCGCCGCAGGACACCCCCACCAGGGUGGCCUCGCAGCCGCGCUACGCUUCCUUGGACCAAUUGACGACGGCAGCCUCGCUGGCCGCCAGCCAUGGGCGGCAUGCGGCGGCGGCACGUCAGGCGCGACUGGGCGGUCACCGUUAUGGCGGCUCUUUUACGCGCACCUCCUGCUGCUCCUCGACGCAGAACUCCUGGUCACACAUAUCUACGCCCGAAUCGCUCGAAUGGGACACUGAUGCGGAGCAGGAGCAGCAAAGGCAACUGCGCCAGGAGGACGACAAUUUGGAUGAGGAGACCCUAAAGCUGCUCCAUCAAAUUGAACAGCUCAAACACCAUGUCCUGCAGGAGACUGGCGAUGGCCUGAGCAUGGGCGCUGUUGGCGUGGGCGUGGGCGUGGCUGUGGAGGAACUUAGCGAAGGCUUACAAUUUCGUGCGUCACACUUUGGCGUAGCCAACGGCUCAGAAUUGGAGGUGCAUAUUAGUUGAUUUGUGGAACAGUGUAUAUAAUGCGUUUAAGGCGUGUAUAAAUAAUGUACAAGAGACCUACAAAGGACCUGUGAGGAAUGUUUAGCUAAACAUAAAAUAUAGAGGGCUGCUCCAAAGGGCACCAUAUAAUAGAAUUUUAAAGAAUACAAUUUUUAAAAUAUUAUUUCUAUAUGUUUGGAAGGUUCACAAUAAGAAACAUUUAUGAAAUGUCUAUGAAAUGUCUAUAAAGAAACCGUUUCUUCAGUCAGCCGAAGAUUGAAUACCCUUGCAGAUGCAUGAAAGAUUAACAAGACUAAAUGCUAAUUUUAGUUGUUUACACUAUCUAUAGUAGCUAUUCGAUGCAGUACUUCGAAAAAGCAAAAUCUUUUGCUUACUAUAUUAAAUUAUUUUAGUCUGAUGCUACUAAGAUUUACUAAACCUAAUUUAAUUGAUUUACCUAUGGCAAAAUUAGCAUCUAUCGUGAUACGAUCUGACGGACAACGAUUAGUGUUAAAAACAUUUAUGAAACUCCAUUUCGACUAUAUCGACUACACUCUGUACGACUAUUUGCAACAAUUAAGUUAUCAUGUUCUCUGCAAGGGUAUGAUGAGUACAAGUUUAUUCUUCUCCCUAUACGAAAUGUCUAUGAAAAAGAUUAAGUUACCUGUAAGAUUUGUAUUAGUGCUAUGCAAGAGUUGGUACAACAUGAAAGAAUCUCAAACAAAAGUGCCUCGCGAACAUGCACUUUCUUUUCCCAACCCCCCGCGCAGGAAAUACCCUAUACGCAAACUAUGUUAACUCUGAUAAAAGCAUAUCGCUACAAGGAUUUGAGAUACAAAGAAUUUACUAUGCGGCAAUUCCAUAGUUAAAUGCACUCUUUUAUUAUGUUAUGAGAUAUAUUUACUAUAUUUAUGAUUAUAUUGUACUCUGAUGCAGCCUACUAACAACAAAUAGAUAUAUUUACUAAAUGCAGCAAUAUUUAUGAUUAUAUUGUACACUGAUAACAACAAAUACCCACGCACCUUAUGCUACACAAAUUUUAAUGCCUUUUGAGAAACAAAGAACCUACUAUAUGGCAAUUGUUCGUUAUGUUUUUAGAUAUUUAUGCUUAAUGCAGUUGAUGAAUCAGACGAAUAUGAUUAUGCGUAAAAGUACAGUAGUGCACAUUAAAUGCAAAAUUAUAUUUUCAAAGUUUAUUAGGGCAAAUGCAAACAAAAUACAAAGGUACGUCCUUAUAGAGCGAGUAUUACACAUGUAUGUAAAUGUAUAUUUAGUAGUGGUUGCGGUUCAACUGUCACCGGCAAAAAUCUUUUCCUUUAAAGACUAAACUAAACUGAUUAAAGAAACGUUUGUAGAAAAUGUA